AUGGAUGUGGAUUACAUUGAAAUAUACGAUUACAUUGUCAGCAAUGAAACCGAGAACACUACCACUGAAGUACCUGUAAAUUUUACUAGUUCUCAGUCCUCCCUGAUUUAUGUUCACGUGGCGAUCAACAUCAUUAUAUCAGUUGUUGGUCUUGGAGGAAACUCAGUGGUGAUUUGGAUUUGUGGAUGUAAAAUGAAAAGAACAGUCAUCACCACUUGGUACAUGAGUCUGGCGAUUUCAAACUUGUUAUUCUGUGCUUUUUUGCCCCUUGAAAUAUCCUACAUGAUAACCUCCCACUGGCCUUUUGGACAAGUUCUGUGCAAAGUCACCUCGUCCGCUCUGUUUCUCAACAUGCACAGCAGUGUGUUUCUGCUGGUUCUGAUCAGUGCUGAUCGCUGUGUCUUGAUUUUAUUUCCUGUGUGGGCACACAACCACCGUACAGUGAAGAAAGCAUUCGGAGCAGUUGCUCUGAUGUGGCUCCUCUCAGCACUUCUAACGUUGCCCUCAAUGAUCUUCAGAAAAACCACAGUCCAUGAUUCAGUCACUCAGUGCCACACAGACUACAAGGACCAUUUCAGACACAGAGCUGUGAAACUGAGUCGAUUCAUCUGCGGAUUUCUGAUUCCUUUCCUUACCAUUGUGUUCUGCUGUGUGGUGCUUGGUGUGAAGCUGAGGAGAUCAACCAUCAGGUCAAAAAAGCCUUAUAAAAUCAUGGCGGCCCUCAUAUUAUCGUUUUUCUUCUGUUGGGUCCCUUAUCAUACCUUUGUUCUCCUGGAGCUGGAUUUGGGGAACCACAGCCUGGAGGCUCUUCACACUGGACUGAAAGUAGGGGUCACACUGGCUGCAGCAAACAGCUUCAUAUCACCUGUUCUUUAUGUGUUCAUCGGCAACGACUUCAAGCGAACUCUUAAAAGAUCGUUGACUUCACGGUUUGAGGAAGCGAUGGCAGAGGACCUUCGCACAGGUGCUCUCCAUCACUCUACGUCUAAAUCAAUGGAAAUUAUUGAAAAGUUCUGA